CUCAGCAAAGGCAGAAAUGAGAUGUUCGAUGUACUGAUACUGUGAUGUAGAAGUCAACCUGCGCAUUCAGUCAGCAGCAUCCUGUUUCUGUGUGCCACGAUGCCGACUAGACUGCUUCUUUUCCUCUGUCUGAUUGGACAUGUUUUUGCCAAAGAACCGCCAGAUGUGGACUGCUUGGUGGUGCAUUUCAAAUAUGUUGCCUGUUCCUGGAAUAAGCAGGGCCCUCCAGAGGUCAACUACACCUUCAGCAGUGGGUUCAAUGAGAAGGAACUCAAAAACUGCACCACCUAUGUGUCACAGAACAACACCAUCACUGGAUGUAACCAGACGUAUGAAAGGCUGAAAUACAAUAAGUUUAUGAACUUUUUUACCAGACUGGCACAUGGCAACAAGACUUUCCAAAUGCAUCACCUUCUAAAAGACAAAGUCUUGUUAUUUCCACCCACAAACCUCACUGUCCAGAAUGGAUCUGACUUCAACCUGUGGUUUUACUGGAACCAGACAUCUCCAGACUGUGUGGAUAGCGAGGUUCGCUACAGAACCAACAACAACAAGUGGGCGGUGUCUGCAGUCAGUACUGGGAGACAGAAAUACUGCAUCAACCUGCCGUCCAGCAGCUCCCGCUAUGAGCUGCAAGUGCGAAGCAGAAUAGCGGCAAUCUGUGGAGAGUCCUCAUUCUGGAGUGACUGGAGUGAGCCUGCAGUCUGGGGAUCCAACAACAGCACGGUCACAAACCAUAUAAAUCCUCCACUGCCUGUGUGGAUGCCACUGCUAUACACAGUAGGGGCUUUUAUCUUCAUCCUAGCGGUCGUCCUGAUGCUGCACCAUGAAAGGGUCCGAUUCAUCUCAAUCUCUGUGGUUCCCAAGCCAUCCCUGGCCCUUUAUGACAUUGAGGAUUGGCUUCAAUUCUCCAAAGGCCUGAAAGGGAAUUUCAAGACAAACUACAACGAGCAUGCCUGUCCAGUUCGUGAGUACUGCCAUGUCUCCCAGUCCGACAACGAGAGCUCUGAUAGCUCCGAUAGCUCCACCUUCUCCAACACCACCGACCAAACCGACUGCUCUGUCUCCGCCCCCCUGACCAACUCAGAGGAUGGGUCUUCUUCCUGCUCGUCCUCCAGCUCAGUUUUUGUCCCAACUCAGGAGGAGCAGCAGCAGGACUCUGUUUAAGGAGGCUUUUCUGUCGGGGUUGGGUCAAAUAAUGGACAGUCUUCUGGUUUCCUCAGCGAUCAAUCAGGAUGUAAAAAUAUAUUGAAUAGCCAAAAGGAGGUGGCUUUGCUGCUUGCAGAAGGGUUUCAGUUUUAUUGGAAAAUAAAUCCACUUCCCACUUGAUUUGCAACAACAGUAAACAUUUGCCUGAGGAGUUUUCCUCACUAGUAUCAGGACAUGAGUAGCACAUGGUGUCAAUUUUGUAAAAUAUGUUCCCAAUUAGAGGAAAAUGGAAAAUAAAUCAUGUGAUGACUGUGAACUUUGGUUUGCAAACAUGGCAAAUCUUGAGGCUUCAAAAUAGGAGUUCAAAUUCUGAUGGGUGACGUCAUGACUAGUUGCCAGGUUGCUAGGUUUGUCGCAACUUUUAAUUUUGAUCCAGAAAUUCUUAUGCUGACAAAAACAUCUCCUACAUGAGAGGUGCCUUUAACAAUUAAUAAUUCCAUGGUUGCCUUUCAGCGUAAUAUUAAUCAAGUGAUCAAGAGAUCGACACGUCUGCACCUUCUCUGGAGUCCGUUUAUAGCAUUCAUAUCAAAAUUGUGGCCCAUAACAGGAGACAUUGACCAAUCACAAUGCAGUUCAGAGAGAGUAGGUGCUGUUAUUGGCUACACUCACCCUGCAUCCAGGUCCCUUUAGUAGACAGAUGGCUACUCUAGAAAAUAAAUCUAAGAAAAGAGUCUAAAAGAGAGUGGGUCAGUAAAUGCAAUCAAAUUCAUGUCGAUUGCUUCUGUGUGUACUUAUGACACAGGACAGAGAACUGUGAUCCUUAAAGUUAACAUUUUAACAACAACGCAAGGAUGAAACUCAACAUCUUUGUCGUGAUCCUGCCUUCUGUAGCUUUACAAGCAAUCAUGGACAUAUUGGUGUAUUUUUGCAAAUGAUAUAUGCAUACACUUAUUUUUAUAUAUUUUACCAUUUCAGAGAUUAACUCAAAAUGUACAGUAGUGUAUCCAAAUAAAGACUUGAAAUAUGAUUUGAUUAAAUUAAAUUGAAGACUGACUUUUAAAAUGAUUUAAUCUCACAUGGUGGUAAAUUAGUAGCUAACUUGUUACCAUAUAUAGUAAAGAUCACAUGUUGAAUUCACCUCAGUUACAUCCCAACUACGUUGUUUAUAGUGCAUAUUAAAUAUAUUACAAUAGUUGAAUGUCCUUUUUUAUAUAUUAAUUGUUU